AUGAUAGAUGAAUUAUGUAAUAGUAAUUUGCUCAAAUUGAUCGAAAAUAUUGCUCUAUUUGGUCUGGCGAUGAUCGUCGGGAUCGUUUCUGCGGGCCACAUCGAAGAAGACCAUGGAAGCUCCACCUACGAGGAAAAGACGAAACCAGUAGAAAUCCCAAUUUACAAAAAAUAUGGUAAAUAUCUAUACACAUAUAAAGAACUAAGAAUCUUUCAAGACACAAUAAUAUUUGCUCGUUGUGCAAUUACAGCAAUUCCAAUCCCUCAUCCUGUACCAGUCGAAAUUCCUCAAAAGAUAGAAAUACCAAUUCCUCAACCUCAACAAGUUCCCGUUGAAAUUCCACACCCCUAUCCAGUGGAAGUUGUGAAACACGUCGAAAUCCCUAUCGAAAAGCCAGAGCCUGUUAUCGUAGAAAAACACAUACCUUUUGUGGUGGAGAAGCCGUAUCCAGUGUACGUCGAAAAGAAAUUUCCCAUUCCAGUCGCAAAGCCGUAUCCAGUUCAUGUGCCAGUUUACAAGCACGUAUUCCAUUACACUUCAAAGGGCAAAGGAUGGCACUAGACUGAUUCGCUCGCCACUGAACACUUGGGAAUUGUUCUUCCUGCGACUGAUCGUUUUACGGGAGAGCUUCUUGUCACCUGAUACCUAAACUUAUUUAAUUCAACGAACAUACUGUUCAUCGUUUGGAUUACUGUGAAACAAAUGUCAAGAAAAAGAGACACGAUAUUCGGAUCUCAACACUGAUGUUAAUGUUGCCAAUAUUUUUGUUAUGAAUUUUAUACACUUGUUAAGUUUUCUACCGAUUAAUAAGUGCUUGUUAAUAAAGCCUAUUUGAAAAGUACCAUUUCUUUUUUGUUUAAUUCCUGUCGAUCGAAUCGGCGUGUUAAAUGUAUAGCAAUGAAGUUGAACUGCAGCAAUGAUCUCUCAGGUAGCGAUCUCGGUAAAGUGAUAGUUCGUUCGUCUCUUCCUGUUCGCGGCUACACAAAGAAUAAAAAGGAAACACGUAACCAUAAGUUUCGUUUCUUCGUCAUCCGGUGUUACGAAUCUACUAGAAACCAACCAGUCACCGAUAGGAAUUCUGUGCGAUCUUGAUUCGCCAUAAUGAGCCCGACAACAGACGCGUUCCUACAUCGCGGCGCAAAACCACUUUUACUUGGGAUACACUUUCACUGUUCCGCUCGCUGAUACAGAGAGUAUCGUGUACAAUUCGAAUCUUCCAGGCAGCUUCUCUCCCAUGACCACACCCCAGGUGGUUACCUCCUUCUCAUAGCGAUUUGUAUUACUAAUAAAUAUAAUAUCUCUAUUCUAUUUUACGCCCCUUUACAAUUUACGCCGUGGGCAAUGCAUGAAAUUUGCUAGGCUCUCGUUUUCACUCGCUAGUUAAACGUGUGCAGCUGUAGAGAGAUGAGAACGUGACGCUCUAUUCGAAAGUUUGAUUUACUUGAUUUACAUGCACCGGGAUGAUCGAUGGAGAUUCGAUACAUUACACAAUUACCCUAGGUAGGGUAUAUAUUUAGGCAUAAGUGAUUGGGUUACAGGUGUUGUCUGACACUGAUCUUAAUGCCCUAGGAUUAGAGAAAGCCGGCUUCGUUAAGAUUCGCAUAAUUGUACUUUGAUUAAUCCCUGGAGGAACGAUUAUUCCCCUCUUAAGCGCAUUCUCUGCGUAAAAAAUAUAGCGAAAAAAGUUCUUUGUAAAUUACAUGGUGCACCAUCUCGAUCUAUGCUAUUCGAUCGUCUGACGGUAAUUUACAAAUUGUUAAGCGCGCGAACUAGACCAUGACCAAGUUGUAUUUGUCUUGGUUGACUAACCUCGUUCUCGGUUGUUUACUGCAAAGGGUGCUAUAUUUAAACGUAACACGAACGCCAAAAAUUUAUCGUUUACUGUCUUUAUCGAUAAGAGAAUAUUCGACUAUAGUCGAUAUCGAGGAAUUUAAUCGAGACAAGGAGUUUCCUUUCACUGUAACUAUUUGUCCGCGAACAAUGUAUCGUUAUUUCCAUAAAUGAUGAAAAUCGAAAGUGCGACUGCGUUUGCUAUCCUUGGAAUCGGUACCUGCGAAUUCUUUAAAUAUCUUCCGCUUGCUCGUUUAAUAAUUGACCGGAUAAAAACGCACGAGACAACAAUCUCGAUUAAUUUAACGAUCUCAAUAUGACAAGUUCGAUUUUUCUCCUCCAAAACUUCCAUAACCGGAA